AUGGCAGCAGCAUUUGACGAGAAGGAUCUUUCUACAGCUAUUCUUGAAUCGAAGACGAAGAAUACACUGAUAGUUUGUGACAAGGGCUGCGAGAACCUUAGAACAUACCAGGUAGCGUUGAAUCCAGCAACACUUAAUGAGCUGGAGCUUUUUGAGUCUGAUUAUGUCAGGGUGUUAGGGAAGAAGAAGGCGGAAUUGAUAUUCAGUACAGUAGCUCUUGAAUGUGUGCCACCAAGACAUAUUGCAGUAGUGCGCGACGGUAGGUUCAAUUUACGAGUGAGGAUAACAGACACUGUAAAGUUGUACAGGGUUGAUAAAGACAUACCUGUGGUGAGCAAACUAAACUUUCUUCCGAUCAGGGACUCGGCGGAAACAAUUGGAGGAAACAUAUUUGAUGAGUUUGUGAAGCCUUUUCUCGAUUUUAACUUUAUGCCUCUUACGAUAGGGUCGAUAUAUGGAAUCAGCUCAGGGAUAGGAAGAGUGGAAUUUAAGGUAACAAAGAUGAUUGAUGCACAGGACAUGGACAUUAAACACGGAUCUGUGACUUCUAUGACGUCUGUAUACUGCGAUGAGAUGAUAUCGAGGGAUGAUGUUGAAAAAGAGUUUAACAUGGUUGGAUACGAUGAUGUUGGAGGAUGCAGGGCACAAAUGGCAAAGAUACGGGAGCUAGUUGAGCUUCCAUUAAGACAUUCGCAGCUAUAUUCGAGGAUAGGAGUCAAACCUCCAAAGGGAAUCUUAUUAUAUGGACCUCCAGGAACAGGAAAGACGUUGAUAGCAAGAGCGAUUGCAAAUGAGACAGGAGCGUUUCUGUUCUUAAUCAAUGGGCCUGAGAUUAUGUCAAAGAUGGCGGGAGAGAGUGAAUCGAAUCUGAGGAAGGCAUUUGAAGAAGCUGAGAAGAACUCACCAGCAAUUAUUUUUAUUGAUGAGAUUGAUGCGCUUGCACCGAAAAGAGAAAAAUCACAAGGAGAAGUAGAGAAAAGAGUUGUGAGUCAAUUAUUGACAUUGAUGGACGGGAUGAAGUCCCGUAGUAAUGUGAUUGUACUUGGAGCAACAAACAGGCCGAACUCGAUUGAUUCAGCGCUGAGAAGAUAUGGAAGGUUUGACAGAGAAAUUGAGAUUGGAGUACCUGACGAGACAGGAAGACUGGAGAUACUGAGGAUCCAUACGAAGAACAUGAAGAUGGACGAGUCUGUUGAUCUUGUGGAGAUUAACAAAGAGCUACAUGGAUUUAGUGGAAGUGACCUUGCAUCGUUGUGUAGCGAAGCAGCACUACAACAGAUACGAGAAAAACUUCCGCAGAUUGACCUUGAUAGUGAAAAGAUUGAUGCAUCGAUUCUUGCAUCACUGAGGGUAACGAACGACAAUUUCAAGUAUGCAAUUGAGCAUACAGAUCCAAGCUCAUUGCGAGAGACUGUUAUACAGUCACCUAAUGUGAAGUGGACGGAUAUUGGAGGACUUGAGAUGGUGAAGCGGGAAUUGAGAGAGACUGUUCAGUAUCCUGUUGAAUAUCCAGAGAAGUUUAUUAAGUUUGGGAUGACGCCUGCAAAGGGAGUGCUGUUCUAUGGGCCACCUGGAUGUGGAAAGACGCUUCUUGCGAAGGCUGUUGCAACUGAAUGCAAGGCAAACUUUAUUUCAAUCAAGGGACCUGAGCUUCUUUCGAUGUGGGUUGGGGAGUCUGAGUCGAACAUUCGAGAUCUUUUUGCAAGGGCAAGAGGAGCGGCGCCAUGCGUUCUGUUUUUUGACGAGAUAGACUCAAUUGCAAAGGCAAGGACCGGAAAUGAUGGAAGUAGCGGAGUUACUGACAGGAUGUUGAACCAGCUAUUAUCUGAGAUGGAUGGAAUCAAUCAGAAGAAGAAUGUGUUUGUAAUAGGUGCAACAAACAGACCUGAUCAAUUGGAUAGUGCAUUAACAAGGCCUGGAAGACUUGACCAACUUGUGUAUAUUCCACUACCUGAUCUUGAUAGCAGGCUGUCUAUUCUGAAAGCUACGCUGAGGAAGACACCGCUGUCACAAGAGAUCGACCUAAGGCAGCUUGCAGAAGCCACUGAUAAGUUUUCAGGAGCAGAUCUUUCUGAGAUUUGCCAACGGGCAUGUAAGUUGGCAAUCAGAGAGACAAUUGAGUAUGAGCUUGAGCAGAAAAGAAAGGGAUCUGAGAUGAUGGAAGUUGAAGAUCCUGUACCUUACCUGAGGCCUGACCAUCUUGUGCAGGCAAUGAAGACAGCAAGACGCAGUGUAUCUGAGAAGGAGAUUGAAAGAUAUGAGGCGUUUGCAAGGUCCAUGAAGGUUGAUAUAAGGAAGUUUGAGAAGAAGAAAGAGUUGGACGAUGACGGGCUUUAUGAAUAA